GCCUCUUCCUGCCUAAUGAUCAACUCAGGAAGUCGACAGAGAAGCAGAGGGGAGGGCGCACAGAGAAACACAUUUUCCCUUUGCCUUUUAGUUUUCCCUUAUUCAGUCCUGCAGCGAUCAACAGAGGGGAGGAAAAAAAGGGGGGAGUUGAGAAAAAGGCGGAGUUUUCAAUGGAGCUCAUAGAGAGACAUAGUAAAAGAGAGCAGUCCAAAACUCAAACUGUGGAAAUAUGAUGGAAGCCAGCGUAGUUUCCACGGACACAGGCCACACAAGCCCUCUGACAGGACCACUCGACUCUCCACCCACCCCCUCCCCUGCCUCCAUCCCUCCAGCUUCUCCCCUCUCUCCACCUUCCCUGCCAUCAUCCAACCUUCCGCUCCGGCCAUGUCGACCCAAACCCCCGCCUCCCCUCAAGUCCUCCUGUCCUCCUGCUGCAACUCCUCCAGCCCUUCCUCCCCCUCUCCCUCCUGUCUCCAAACCUCCUCCUCCUCCUCUCCAUCCUAUCUCCAAACCUCCUCCCACCCUGUCCUCCAACCCUCCUCCCCCAUCUCUUCCUCCUCCUCUCUCCCCUACUCCGGCGUCUCCUCCUCCCAUCCUUUCUCCCCAACCCUCUGAUCCUACUCCUUGUCCCCCUCCUCUUCUCGAUCCAUUAUCACCAACAAUUCCAUCCUCCUCAUCUCGUCUAACUCCCCCUGUUGUCCCACCAUCCUGUUCAACUCCCCCAUUGCUGAGUCCUUUAGAUCGGCUGCUUGGUAGUGUCUCGGUGUGGCAGCCCAAAGGACUCAGCCAGGACCAAACCACCAGUAUAUUGGAGAAAGAGACGUCCGGGGCAUUCCUGGUUCACAGCACAGAGGACAAGGCCAUGACGUUGUCAGUACGCCUGCCUGAUGAACUGGGGGAGCCGUCCGUACACAACCUGAGGGUCAAACAACACAAGACAUUUCUUCACUUCGAUGGUUCUUCUCUGGUUUUUGAUGACAUCUUCAAAUUGAUCGCCUUCUACUGUGCCAGCAGGGACAUUCUGGCCGUCCCACUGAAGUUACCCCGGGCCAUCACCACGGCAACUAAGAGAGAGGAGCUGGAGGUCAUCUCUGCUAUGGGUGCAGAUUUCUGGACGUCCGGUCUGAGCCUGCAGGCAGAAAACCAGGAGCAGGUUCUGGAUCAGAACCAGAGUAGACCCUACAUGUAUGUUAACCCGGUCCCUAUGGAGGACUCCCCCAGCAAAGACCUGAACACCUCCUCUAUCUCCAAACUGGACAUCAUCGCCAAUCAUACCCCCACCCCGUCCCUGCAGAAUGGAGAAGCCCCUCAGAAGAUGAGCACAGAGGUCAAAGGGCGGUCCAAAAAAGUGCCCAGUCCAGACAUUAAAUACAAGCGUCCCCCGCCCCGACCCCCCAGCAUGGGCUUAGGGUCGGGGAUGGGCCUCCUCUUCUCCUCUCCCCCCUCGCCUCACACUUCUGUAACUGAUAGAAAAGAGGAAGGAAAGGGAGGGGCAGGGGAGAGAGAAGAGAGGAAGUUGGUGUCAACAUCACUCACUCCGUCCAGGCCUCCGGUCCCCCCGCAGAGCCGAGCCGCUCCCCCACUGCCUCCUGCGCCUCUACGUCGCACCUCCUCCCGAAAAAGCACCGACCGAGAGGUAGGAGAGGGGACAGAGAGAGAGAAGGGACAAAAUCCUGUGAAGAUAACUGAGAGAGAGGGAGGAGGAGAGGGAAGUAAAUCAGGUCAGCCCAGUGAGGGGGGUGAAGAAGAGAGCAUGCAUCAGGAGGAAGAGGGGGAAAAGGACAAUGAGAAGAAGGAGGAAGAGGAGGUGAAAAUGGAGGAUGAUAAACAAAAAUCCAGCUCCCUCUGUGCGCUGUUAACCAAGAAGCCCACCCGCCCAGUCCCUCCCCCGAGGAGGAAACCCUCUUCCCAAAACACACCUGUGUGCCCCGCUACGGGAGGAUCAGCCAAUCAGACUGCAGGGAUGAGAGGGCCCCCUCCAUCCCCAGCGCGGAGGCCGGACGUGUCGCUGUACUCGCCACAAGGGGGGGCAGUGCUAGUAACAGACCCCGACUCCCGCUCCACCAGCAGCACAGAGGAAGAAGCAGAGCUGAGCCAGGAACAGGAGCAGAACCAGAAUCGCCCCGCGGAGAGUCGUAUCCCCAAGGUAACAGUGAAGAGAACCCCCACUGUGAUGUUGGACCGAGCCCGGUACCGCCUUUCUACGGUCCUCACCGGCCUCAUCAGCCACGACCGGCGCCUCACGCAGCGCAUCGUGGAGCUGGCCCGGGACCCGCUGAGCUACUUCGGCAACCUGGUGAAAGAGCACCGUGCGUUCACCCUGGAGACCAUGUCGAACCACUCCACCUCGACUGAGCUGCUACAGGAGAUCCGACAGAUGAUGACCCAGCUGAAGAGCUACCUGCUGCAGAGCACUGAGCUGCAAGCCAUGCUGGAGCCACACCAGUAUUCAGAAGAAAAACUGGAGAGCAUCGCAGAGGCUGCUUUGUGUAAGAGUGUGCUGAAGCCACUGAGGGAGCACAUUUACCAGAGUCUUGAGAAACUGCGCACCAAUGACAGCAGCCUGAAACAGCUGGCACAGAACCAGUCUGUCAUUCUAGGCAGCACCACCACAGCUUUAGGAGUAACCACUGCCGUCCCUGAGGCCUCUGCUAUGGAGAAGAUCAGCAUCAAACUGAGCAACGUGCAUCUGGAGUAUUCACCCCAGAAAAAGAUCGAGCUCAUGCUGAAGGCAUGCAAGAUCAUCUAUGACUCCAUGGCUGUCAGCAGUCCAGGGCGUGCCCAUGGCGCUGAUGACUUCCUGCCAGUAAUGAUGUACGUCCUGGCUAGAUCCAAUCUGGCCAACCUGCAGCUGGAUGUAGAAUACAUGAUGGAGCUGAUGGACCCUGCCUUAGCACUAGGAGAAGGUUCCUAUUAUCUGACAACCACCUAUGGGGCUCUGGAGCACAUUAAGACUUUUGACCAGCAGAGGACAGCAACACGGCAGCUCAGCAGAGAGGUUCAGGACUCCAUCCACCGCUGGGAGAGGAGACGCACGCUGAACCAGGAGCGCAUGGCCCAAGGAUCUGUUCGGGACUUCCUGACAGUGUCUUGUCCAGAGUUUGGAAUCAACCUAAAAACUCUGGGGGUCCUGCCCACCACCACGAUGGAGCAGCUGGCUGAGCAGUGUGCUGCACGCUUUGAACAAGACUCCUACAUCCUCAGUGUUUAUGUGGAUGGUGUUCACCGGCCCAUGGCCCCUACAGAGCUGGCCCUCAUUGUUAAGAGCAGUUCCAAGCCUGGAGCUUACUGCUUCGUCUAUCACCAUGCCGACCAGCCCAUCAGCCCGCCCCCCCACAGCUGCCCGGCUGAGGCACCUCCAGCUUCACCAGCUUUAACAGCUCUACCAGCUCCAUCAGCCCCAACAGCUGUACCAGCACCACGCACUCGACCCGCACCACCCGUUUUACCAGCACCACCCGUUUUACCAGCACCACCCGUUUUACCAGCACCAUCCAUUUUACCAGCGCCAACCAUUCUACCAGCAACACCCGUUCUUCCAGCUCCAUCUGCUCCAUCUGCUCCAUCUGCUCCAUCUGCUCCAUCUGCUCCACCUGCUUUACCAGCACCACCAGCUCCACCAUCUCCAUCCGCUCCUACCGCUCCACCUGCAGAAAGCUUCUCCCAGAUGAGUCUGCUGAUGUGGACUUGGUGGAGCAGGAGGUGGAGGAGGAGAGUUUGAUCAGCUUGUAGCUACUCCAGCAUCACAGUGGCAGAUGCUGUAUUGCUAUGGUAACUACAUCACCGUGGUGACAGCAUUGCUGUGGUUACUGAAUCCACCAACAAAUAUUUCAGACACUGAUUCUGCAGGUCAACAUGGGGUCUGGAACCCCAGGGACUGCAGGUUUAUAGAAUGUAAAAAUACAUAUUAUUGGAACAUGCAUGUAUACGAUCAUGUUUAUACUGUUUAUAUUACGUUAUGCUUUGUGAUGCUUGAGACUUUCUACAGACUUUGAGUCAAAUGUAUUAAUUAAUCUUUCCUCUCUUUAUUAAAGUCCAGAUAAUUCAGACCCAUUGACAUUAUUCUGUGACAAAAAGCAGUCAAAACACUUAAGAGGUUACAAGGACUUUGCAAAAUUACAAGCACAGGUAUAUAUUAGCAGCAGCCAUAAGCACAAAUCUUCCAUUUUCAUUCAAAAAGUGUUCAUGUUCUUUUUCAUUAUUUUACAUUUUGUAUACAAACUUAUACUGAUUGUCUUGUAAAUAAACUUGCUUUUUCAAUUUUCCAA